AUGAGCAAGUCAGCAAUUCAUGGUGUGCGGUGACACUUUUGUAUUUUAUUUCUGAUUUUGUAAGCAAGUAGUUUUUAAAUGAGGUGUAACUCGGAGGUACGCAAGACAAAUCAGACCCCUGAAAGGGGCGCAGCUAUUUUUAACGUGCUAGCACCUAUAGUGGAGCACCCAUAGGGAGACACAUCUCAAAGAACCAUUGUUACUGCACAAGUUGAGUAACUUCUUCUUUUGCGUGUUACCUGAUCUCACUGGUUUUCUUUGCCCUGAGCAGGGUUCCCACUUCCCAAACCCGAUGUCAUCUCCCAGGUGGAACGAGGGGAAGAGCCGUGGGCCCCAGAUCUCCAGAGCUCAGAGGAAAGAGAGAUCCUGAGAGGCAGCUGCAUGGCAGGUGAGGGGAUGGUGAGAGAGACUGUGGAGCAGACACCUCAGCAGGAAGGGGAGCAAGUGGAAGCGCGUGGGGCGUUGUUGCAAAGAUGCAAAGGGAGUGUGCCCAGGAGUUGUGAGCAGGGAAAAGGCUCUCAAGGGCAGCACAGGCCAGAGAAGUGGCAGGGAAACCAGCCAGCGCAGAAAGUUGGAAUAUUUGUUAAUUAUCGGGAAACUCACAAGGGCCUCAAGGAAGCCACGACCCAGCAGAGAAUCCUGACGGAAGAGAGAAAUGACACAGGCUUUGAGAGUGGGAAAAAGUUCAGGAGGCGCUUACACCAUCAGAGAAUCCACACUGGAGUGAGACCCUAUGGAUGCUGCGAGUGCGGGAAAACCUUCACUGAGCGCUCAACCUUUAUUCGCCAUCAGAGGAUCCACAUCGGAGUGAGACCCUAUGGAUGCUGUGAGUGCGGGAAAACCUUCACUGAGCGCUCAACUCUUAUUCGCCAUCAGAGAAUUCACACAGGGGAGAAACCCUAUGGAUGCUGUGAGUGCGGGAAAACCUUCGCUCAGCGCUCACAACUUAUUAGCCACCAGAGAAUCCACACUGGAGUGAGACCCUAUGGAUGCUGCGAGUGCGGGAAAACCUUCACUGAGCACUCACGCCUUAUUCGCCAUCAGAGGAGCCACACAGGGGAGAAACCCCAUGAAUGCUGUGAGUGUGGGAAAAGCUUCGCUCAGCGCUCACACCUUAUUCGCCAUCAGAGGAUCCAUACAGGGGAGAAACCCUAUGGAUGCUGUGAGUGUGAGAAAACCUUCACUGAGCGCUCGCACCUUAUUCAUCAUCAGAGGACCCACACAGGGGAGAAACCCCAUGAAUGCUGUGAGUGCGGGAAAACCUUCACUGAUCACUCAUGCCUUAUUCGCCAUCAGAAGAGCCACACAGGGGAGAAACCCCAUGGAUGCUGCGAGUGCGGGAAAACCUUUGCUCGGCGCUCACACCUUAUUCGCCAUCAGAGGAUCCAUACUGGGGAGAAACCUUAUGGAUGCUGCGAGUGUGGGAAAACCUUCGCUCGGCGCUCACACCUUAUUCGCCAUCAGAGGAGCCACACAGGGGAGAAACCCUAUGAAUGCUGUGAGUGCGGGAAAACCUUUGCUCGGAGUUCACACCUUAUUACGCAUCAGAGGAGCCACACAGGGGAGAAACCCUACGAAUGCCGUGAGUGCGGGAAAACCUUCGCUCAGAUCUCAGGCCUUAUUUCACAUCAGAGGAGCCACACAGGAGAGAAACCUUAUGGAUGCCGGGAGUGUGGGAAAACCUUCGCUCACUUCUCAAAUCUUAUUACACAUCAGAGGAUCCACACAGGGGAGAAACCCUAUAAAUGCCGUGAGUGCGGGAAAACGUUCGCUCAGCACCCACACCUUAUUGCCCAUCAAAGGAUCCACACAGGAGAGAAACCCUAUGAAUGCCGUGAGUGUGGGAAAACGUUCGCUGGGAGAUCAGGCCUUACUACACAUCAGAGGAACCACACAGGGGAGAAACCCUAUGGAUGCUGUGAGUGAGGGAAAACCUUUACUCGGAGAUCUGGCCUUAUUACACAUCAGAGGAGCCACACAGGAGAGGAAUCCUAUGAAUGCCAUGAGUGCGGGAAAACCUUUGCUGGGAGAUCAGGCCUUAUUACACAUCAGAGGAGCCACAUGGGAGAGAGAACCCUAUGAAUGCCGUGAGUGCAGGAAAUUCUUCCAUCACAGCUUUUCUCUUAUGUAUCACCAGAGAAGCUGCAAGGGAGAGAAACACCAUGAAAAUCUCGUCUGGGUCUCAGAAAAGAUGUUUUUUUCCUUUUGCUAAUUCACAGGUAGUGAACUAUAGGGUAGCUUUUGUGGCAUCUCAGCUCUCUCAGGUGAGUUGUCUGCUUCUCCCUUUUGCAGCUCACUCUUCCUUGGAGUGAAGCCCGCGGUGUUUUUCAUCAACCCCUUUGUCCUGCGUCAUGGAAGUGUGCGUCCCUCCAGGAUUGUCCACCAGCCCCAGGUGGGGGAGCCAGGAGUGACCUUUACUUGGUACGUGGAGGUUAAACCUACCUGGGCCUCGGCUGAGCUAGGGUUUUCCAUGGAGUUAGCUAGGUUGAGUUAGGGAUCCUGAUGUAAAAACUCAACUAGUUUUUUCAAUGAAGAAAAUAGCCCAUAUAGCGUCCAGGGUAACGUAACAAAUCUCCUCACCACCAGACACAACCUCCGUCACUUUUCCUAGUCUAAUCAAAUUUGGAGCAUCACGUUUAUACUUUUCCUCCCACUGCAGUGAUUGUUAGUCACCAGGCUCCCCCUUUAGGGACAGAUUGCCUCGUUCCCAGAUUGCACUGGGUUCUGCUGAAUAGCAGUUGGGUUUUGUACCCUUUCUCUCAAUGUAAAUACAACAGAGAAGGAGCGGGGAUAGAGGGUGUGAUGAAAUGGGUAUUUUCCCUUGUUAUGUUGUAUAUGAGUCUUACUGUUGAGCCUAUGUGAGUUUUACAUGAAUACUGUGUGUGCCUCAGUUUCCCUAUGUGCUGCACCAAUACCUCGGUGCUGGGAAUAGGAGUGUGUGACUGUGACAAAGUGGGAAUUUCUCAAUGUUUUCUUUCAAUAUUGGGUGGGUGCCUGUAGCACAGCAAGGAGUGGGGAGUAUUGACCUGGGAAGGUAGCAGGGGAGGUUUAUUGGGACUGGCUGCCUUGGGGAUGGGAGACUUUCCUUGAGGGAAGCUAUCUGAGCAAGUUACAUGAGAACCCAGGAGAGCGGUUGGAGCC